AUGCGAACAGACCCCGACCUACCAACAAUAGACGACGAUAACUGGACAAUAACGCAAGAAGAACUAUCCGCAGCGAUUAAAACUCUCAAAGGGCGAAAAGCACCAGGAAUCGAUUUAAUAACGAACGAAAUACUGAGAGCCGGUGGCCCACAACUGGAAGACGAACUCUGGAACCUCUUCAACAAAAACGUCAAAACCGGAAAAAUCCCACAAGACUGGAAAACAACCAUCACAAUACCAAUUUACAAGAAAGGCGACAAAAAUAACCCUGACAACUACAGAGGGAUCACACUGAUUAACAGCACGGCGAAGCUAUUCACUAAAACCAUAGCAAAGAAAAUAAACACCAACAUGCCAUUCAGAGAUGAACAGCAGGGCUUCAGACAAAGCAGAUCAACAAUAGAUGCAAUCUUCGUCGUUAGACAGAUCGUGGAAAAGUCGAUCGAGUUCGCAAAGCCCGCCUUCUUAUGCUUUGUGGAUCUUAGCAAAGCAUUCGAUAACAUACGAGUAUCAGACGUAGUCAAUGUACUAACAGAGAGAGGAGCAGGCAGAAAACUAACAAACAUCAUAAAAGACCUGAAUACAAACAACAAAACAAAGGUUAAGACGCCCACACACAUAUCGGAAACCGUCCCAAUAACGGACGGAAUCAGACAGGGAGACAGUAUGAGCCCCACCCUGUUCAAUCUAAUCAUGGACAAAAUAAUAGGCAAAGUAAAACAAAUAAAAGCCGGAUACCGCAUGGGCCGAGAGUCACAUAGCAUCAUCUGCUAUGCAGACGAUGCUCUGCUUAUGGCUGAAACAGAGGACGACCUACAACGACUGCUGCAAACCUUCGCCCGCGCAGCCAAGGAUUACAACCUGCAAGUAUCCGCGGAGAAAACGAAAUGCCUGGUAAGCAGUAAACACCCCAUUCGAUGCAAAUUACAACUAGGUUCACACAUCAUAGAACAGGUGAUGAGCUUCAACUACCUGGGGGUAGAAGUGACAAGCGAUAGACAGCUCACGAAGGAGGUUGUAAACGCAGCCAACAAAGCACGACGAAUCUCGGGCGCGCUAAACAACAUCAUAUGGCGCAAUAAAUACCUAUCACAGGAGGCAAAAACCCGGGUCUACAAGACCGCAGUCAGGCCAGUUCUCACCUACGCUGUGGAAACAAGGGCAGACACCGCCAUUACCAAACAAAUAUAUCGCACAACAGAGAUGCGUACCCUACGCGCUAUCAAGGGAGUCACACUAAGAGACCAUGUCCGCAGCCACGACAUCCGGCAGGAGCUCGAAGUACAAGAUAUCGCGUGUUGGGCGAGAGUUAGACGCCGACAAUGGAGGGAUCACGUGGAACGCAUGACAACACAGCGCAUAACACAUUGGGCCAUGACCGCAAAACCUAUGAAGACAAGACCGCUCGGCCGUCCACCUAAGAGAUGGUCCAACAGCAUGACGAGCGAACUUGACCCACACAUCCAGUCAUUAAGAUCAGAAAAUUGUUGUCAUCUCGAUCCCACACUUGCGAAUGAACUUAAAUACAUACACUUUUCGCAGUUAUUGGAACUUGCUAAAACCUUGAACGCCACAAAGAUUUUCGGUCUUGAGGUACAGUUGAAAAAGCUGAGCGCCAAGCAAGACAUCACCGAUUUUAUUUCGACCAUUCGAACGAAGCUCGGCAAUGAUUUGUUUGUGGCACUUUCAGUGCCCGCAAAACCCGAGAUUUUGGCCAAGUAUUACGACUUCAAGACGCUUAGCAAACACGCCGAUGUUUUCACUCUGCAGACGCACUUCUUAGGCGCCAGCCGCAAUGUCACUUUCCAUCCGAGCCGCCUGUCCGGCCUGUGGGACGUGCAGAAUACGGAUUCUGUUGUGGAUCUGGUCACCGGACUCGGUGCACCAUUGAACAAAUUGGUUGUCGCGACACCUGUGCAAGGAUUCAAAUUUCUACUUCAAAAUGAGGAACACACCGCGCCUGGUAGUCCUGCUUUGGAAUUAUCGACUCUUACCCGGGACGAGCUCUGUGUUACAAUGGAAAGCGAUAAGUGGACUUUGGAACGUGAUCAGGAUCAAGCUGGACCAUACAUUUUCAGGUGAGGCUUUUUGCACGUUGGCUCAAAAAAUAAAUGGAUUGCUUUCGAGGAUGCCACGUCAAUGGACAUCAAAGCAAAGUAUGCUCGCGUCCGUGGUCUAGCUGGCUUGGCCCUUAAAGACCUGUCACAAGAUGGCGGUGCCAAAUGUGGUGAAACCCUGCUUGAAUCAGCUUUCAACGGUCUCACCAAGCAAGCGAGAGCACCACGUGGAGCUGUCUUGCAUUCAUUGGAACGUGAAAUUUUAGAACCUGCAGUCCGACCUUUCGACAACGUGCAAGUUUCGCCAUAUCGAAUUUCUAGAGUCAUUGAUACAGAAGGACAUGUGAAUGUUAUCAGACAGGACACUCGUACGGAGUUCAAAUGUUCGAGACAAGGUUAUUUUGUUCAUCCUAGAUCCUGCAAUAGGUUUUACCGUUGUGUCAAGUUCGAUCAGCAAAGUGAUGAAUUUAGCGUGUUCGAAUUCGACUGCCCAGCAGGUUUGGCGUUUGAUGAACGUGUGGAAGUAUGCGUCUGGCCCGGAAGUCUCCCGGAUAGUUCCGCUUGUGCGGGCAGUAGUGAAAUUGCACCCGUGCCUCGCGAACGAUUCAAUUGUCCAGAAAAUCCUGGCUACUAUGCUGACCCGGAAAAUUGCCGUUGGUUCUUUGCUUGUAUGGAUCAUGGCAAAUCGCCGCUUACCGCAUAUGAGUUCCGUUGUCCUUAUGGAUUAGUUUUCGAUCAAGAUAACCUCCUCUGCGAAUGGUCCUGGUUGGUGCCCAAAUGUGGAUCGGGUGCGGUUGUGCACGAAACUGUUUAUGGAGGAUAUGCUGCUUCUGGUUCCAUCUCAGGUGUUACUAUUGGAGCAGGAGCUGAACUCGCCGCUGGUGCAGUUAUUGGAGGUGGUGCCGGAGACUUAUCCCUGGAAAGUCGAGAUGGUGCUUUUGAUUUGGAUUUCUACGAUGGAUUGGGUUCUUUGAAUAAUGUGCGUUUAGGUGGUCUGAGUGGUCCACUUCAUGCUACAGAAGCGAUCACCUAUAGUAACUUUGAGAAUAGCGCUAAUGGAAAUGGGGAAUACCAACAUACCGCUGAUGGCAAUAUUGCAAGCCACAGUGUGCAAGCUGGAUACGCCCAGGGUAAUUCGGUUGGAAGUGGAGCAACAUUCCACGGUAGUGGACUCAAUUACCAAACCAUUAAUCCGGCCAGUUCAGAUGCAGAAUCUGGUCAUUUCUUCGGAGAAAAUAUUGCCUCAGCAAAUGUGGCAUCUGCUGGAUCCGUUGUAGAAUUACAGACUGAUGGCUCCUACACUGACAAUUUAAAUCAUCAAGGGGAUGCAUUGAAGUAUUACAACGCAUUUGCUGCCAAUCGCUUCACUGAAAACGCGGCCGGUUUUGAAUACGACCAAGGUCAUCAACUAAACCAACAAGCACAGCAAUCGAUCAACAUUGUCGCCGGAGGCACAUCUGGAGUGGCUAGUUACGCAAAGAAUGUUGAUAUCUUACAACACGGAGUAAAGAUAGAUGUUGAGUCAAUUAAGCCAGCUACUUUAGUGUCAUCGACAACGAUUUCUCCGAUUCCUACAGUCACCAGCGUACCAAUUCCAAGCCCAGCGAAUUUUGACACUUACCACAGUUAUGGAGUCGUCGCCAAUCUGCCAAAUUUGCAAUACAAACUGGAAAAUCCAACCAUAAUUAAUCAUCAAUUGCAUCAACUUUCUGACCUCAAUUCGCAAAAGACAUUGUAUUCUGCAGCGAACGUAAGUGUUGACUAUGCAGGUUACGCUGCAUCGAAUGUGGGUGCCACUGGCCAAUUUCGCGGAUAUCACUAUGAAAACCAUACGUACCUUUCGUUGAAGGUCAAAAUCUUGGUGUUGUCUCAUACGGAUCUCAAUCUUACAAUAAACCGCAGAUCAAUUAACGAACCCAGCUCGUAUGGCCAGCAACAUUUAGUAUUUGAACAAAAGCCUCUCAGACCUGAGGUCAUGAAAACGUACACUUACGAACAAUCGUCCCAUGGCUAUAGCUAUGAUAAACCGAAAGUUGCCUUUGUAGAGGGUGCUAAAUUGAAUCUGCAGCCUGCACAAACAUACCAACAAGUGCAUAUUCAGCAACCAGCGAUUGCCUAUCACCAAGUAAACCAUGAAACAGACUCUAAUCAUGAGGGUUAUGUUUACACAGGACACACAGGAUACAAUUAUGAAAAACCUAGCAUCAAGUUUGAAGCUGCACCAGUAAAAACGGUUACACCCGCUCUUACUUUCCAACAAGUCGCUUUGCAACCUGCCAAAACGUACAGUCAGAUUAAUGUUCAUCCUACUGUUCAAAGUUAUCAUACAAUCCAACAUGAACAUUCCUAUGCUCAACCAGCCACUACCUAUCAGCAUAUCUCUCACGAGGUACAAACAACAGAAUACCAGUAUGAAAAGCCUACCAUCAAGUUUGAAGAAAAGCCCAUUGUAGCGGUUACCACAUAUCAUGAAGUGAAGCCACAACAGUCCGGAACUUACCAACAUGGUAACCAUGAGGUAAAAGCUGAAGGAUACCACUAUGAAAAACCCACCAUUAAACGAAGAAAACCAAUAGUACCGCUUACAACUUAUCAAGAGACAAAGCAAGUUAACCUGAAUGUUAAACAGGGAUAUUAUUAUGAAAAACCUGCCAUUAAGUUUGAAGAAAAGCCAAUUGUUCCCGUCACAACACACCACGAAGUACAUCCCAAACCUGUGGUGACGUAUCAACAAGUAAAUCAUGACAUUGAGCAUAAAGGAUAUCAUUAUGAUAAACCAGCAAUCAAAUUUGAAGAGAAACCAAUUAUACCAGUUACCACUUAUCAGGAAGUAAAACCACAGCCCACCGUAACCUAUCAGCAAGUUAACCAUGAAGUCAAACAAGAGGGAUACCAUUAUGAAAAACCUGCCAUCAAAUUUGAAGAGAAACCAAUUGUACCUGCAACGACAUACCAAGAAAUCAAUAUUCAACCAGCUGUAACCUACCAACAUGUUAGUCAUGAGGUGAAACAAGAGGGAUACCAUUAUGAAAAACCUGCCAUCAAAUUUGAGGAGAAACCAAUAGUACCUGCAACGACAUACCAAGAAAUCAAUAUUCAACCAGCUGUAACCUACCAACAUGUUAAUCAUGAGGUGAAACAAGAAGGAUAUCAUUAUGAAAAGCCAUCCAUCAAAUUUGAGGAGAAACCAAUAGUACCUGCAACGACAUACCAAGAAAUCAAAAUUCAGCCAGCUGUAACCUAUCAGCACCUUAACCAUGAGGUGAGACAGGAGGGAUACCACUAUGAGAAGCCUUCCAUCAAAUUUGAAGAAAAACCAUCAAUUGUACCGGCCACCACUUAUCAAGAAAUUAACAUUCAACCAGCUGUGACUUACCAGGAAGUUAAAGUAUCGCCACCCGUGGUACACGUUCAACAUGAAGUGAAACAACAAGGUUACCAUUAUGAAAAACCAGCAAUUUCAUUUGAAGAAAAGCCUGCUAACACUUACCAGCAAAUAAACAUCAAACCAGUUCAAACGUAUCAUGAGAUUGAACAUGAAGCACCAAAAGUUUUGAUUGCGGAGAAAACGCCUCCUGUAGUUCAAGAAAUUAAGCAUGAAGGUUAUCACUAUGAGAAACCAAAUGUGGCCUUCGAAGAAAAACUGGUGGUACCAGCUACAACACACCAAGAAAUCACAAUUCAACCGGCUGUUACUUAUCACGAAACAAAACAUGAAGGAUAUCACUAUGAAAAACCAAAGAUUGUGUUUGAAGAAAAACCAUUGGCUACACCCACAUACUUGCCACCUGUUAACACCUUUCAACAAGUCCAUGUAGCAAAGCCAGCUGUGACAUUCACUCAGCACGUUGUUCAACCAGCUCUUCACAGUUAUUCUUACCGAAACCAAUCGUCGAUCAGAACAUUCAAACCCAGUCUUAUCAUGAAAUUCAUCAUAAGCCUGCUGUACUUCUCGAUAAACCAGUACAGUCAGGGUUAUCACUAUGACAAACCUGCGAUUGCGUUUGAAGAGAAACCUGUUGUGAAGCAAUCCAGCAUUGAAUUACAUUCCUCCCAGACCAGCAAAACAUACAUUCCAACACCCACAACACCCACACCACCAGUGAAGGAGUAUUUACCGCAACUUCCAGUACAGACUUAUUUACCAGCACCAGCUCCAACCAUUAAACAUGUAAAGCCAGUUCAGACCUACUACCAGGAAUACUAUAAUGCCAAGGAGAUUGUUGAAGAACCAUUGGUGAAAACCAAUGCCUACCAAACUGGAUACCACUACGAAAAACCAGCAAUUAAGUUUGAGUACUCUACUCCUAAGCCCACAUUUGUUUCGACUGUUGCUAGCGUAAUCUCGAAGGUUGAACCCGCGCAACAACAGUUCAUCUCAUAUGACAGCCGGCUGGACCAUCCGAGGAUCCAACAGAAAAUUCAACAACUGGAUACGAUUCACGUUGAACAACCUGUCGUGCCAAUUGUACCAAUCGUCCAGCAAGUGAAGACAGUCACCUCAAGACCAAUUGUUCGAUAUGAAUUUUCUUCUUUGGAUUAUCAACCCGUCCAACCUAUUCAGCCUAUUGUAAAAGAGAAACUUCUCAUCCAUGUGCCCGACAGAGAAUACUUGCCUGCUACUACAACCAGGCGACCGAUUGUAGUUGCCCAGAAAAAUGAGUACCUUCCACCCGCCCCACCAAAACGGGUAUACUUGCCAGUUACCACUACAACUGAAAAAUACAUCGAAGUGACCGUCCCUAGCCGUGAAUACCUACCAGUUACUGAAAUCUUUAAGAUUAGAACGUCUACACCAGCGAAAGAAUAUUUGCCGGUGACAAAGAGAGUCAGAACAAGACCACCUACUACUACUGCAGCCCCAACAACUACCAAACCAAGUCGCGAAUAUCUACCGGUCAAGUCAACUAAACAACCAGCUCGUGAAUAUUUACCUGUGAAAUCAACUACGCCAUCGCGUGAGUAUCUCCCUGUUUCAUCAACGAGUAAACCAAAUCGUGAAUAUUUGCCGGCCAAACAAAUCGAGAAUUACGAAUAUAAACCAGAAGAGCAGAUCGUGUUGUCAACUAGACGUCCGAAGGUGAUCAAGGUUGUUAAAACCCGUCCGAUCGUGAAAGUAAACGAUUUCCAUCCAAUUCUCUCCGCUAAAUUGGGCGCUCAGUGUACCUGCACUUCUAAUACAUUGACACUUAGAAGGAGGAAGCCACAGAAAUCUAUGAAGCUUCAAAACGAUGCGGACGAUGCCACUACGCGUAUCUCCGACGAAGAAGAAUAUGUCACUAACGGGGAUCAACUGGACACAAGGUACGACCAAGCUCCAAAGAAGCAAUCUGUUAUCAUCGUAGCCGAAGAAGACGAAGACAUCAGCCAGGAUGACGAAAUUCGUAAGCAAGAUAUCGCCAAGGCUGUAGAUUCCGGUCUAAAGUUGGUGAAGUCCGCCGUAAAGCAGGGUGUGAAAGAAGGUGUUCAAGAGGCUUUGUCGGGUAAAGAUUUCGAUCGCUAUGGUCCAGGCGGUCUGCGUAGUCGCAGUGAAACUCUUCAGGGAACCGUCGACUGCCAACGUGCGGGUCUCUUCAGGCAUCCCAAGCAUUGUAACAAAUUCUACGCUUGUCGAUGGGACGAAGGCAAGAAGAAGUUCACGUUGCACGUGUUUAACUGCCCGGUGCAUCUUACUUUCGACAAUAACCUGGGCGCUUGCAAUUGGCCCAGCCAAGGACCUGCCUGCGUCGACAACACCUUGCUCCCAAGCAAUUAAAUUCUCACUUUAUCAUAUUUAUAAGGAUACUUCUUUUACGUUUGUAACUUUCUAUUUGUUUUAUAGUCUAAGCCAUUAUGUCUUUAUACAUUAUUUAUUUACAUCAUUUUACAUCUAGUAGGGAUUAAAUCACCUUGUAGCCCUUAACCGCUUGGAACGACCAACGUGCAUGUGCAGAUUUUGCUCGGCAAUCGGUUAAGGGACCAACCAAAAUCAACGUUUUGAUGAACAGGCAAUAAAUUACGUUAUUUAUAUCCAGAAUAA